UAUAAGUAUCACCUUCAGCUAAAACUUCGUUUACACGCGAAUCAUCCAAAGCCUACCUAUAUACUCUCCUACUGCGUUUUUCUUUCUUCUUCUUCUUCUUCUUUGUUCUUGUCGUUUUAUUUUUAUUAUUUGUUAGUUUUUGUUGUUUGUUUUUAUGAUCUUGGGUGGAUCGUAAUGGGAGAUGACCAGUUUAAGCUCCCUCCUGGUUUUCGAUUUGACCCGACGGACGAAGAGCUUGUAGUUCAUUUCCUUCAACGUAAGGCAGCUCUCUUACCUUUCCAUCCCGACGUCAUUCCCGAUCUCCAUCUCUACCCAUAUGAUCCAUGGGAACUAGAUGGUAAGGCUCUACGUGAGGGAAAUAAGUGGUACUUCUACAGCAGGAGGACGCAGAAUCGGGUUACAAGCAAUGGGUAUUGGAAGGCAUUAGGCUUUGAGGAACCAGUGAUCACAAGAAGCUCUUGUAAUUCUACGCACAAAGUUGGGAUGAAAAGAUACUUGGCUUUUUACGUAGGAGAAGCUCCAAAUUCAGGCAUCAAAACUAAUUGGAUAAUGCAUGAAUAUCGUCUCUCUCCACUCUCAGCAGGAGAUGGAGCUUCUUCUUCUUCUUCUUCCACCACAACAAGAUCAUCCAAAAGAAGAGGGCAUCUCAAAACAGUUAAUAAUGAAUUUAGUGGAUACGUUCUCUGUCGAGUCUACGAGCAUGAUGAAGAUGACGACGACGACGACGAUGAUGAUGGGACAGAGCUUUCAUGCUUGGACGAGGUGUUCUUAUCUUUGGAUGACCUUGAUGAAAUAAGUUUGCCAAUUUAAUUAGCAUGGAGAGAGAGAGAGAGAGAGAGAGAGAGAGAGAGA